UUGUUUCUUGAACUACUGCGCUCUUAUGUAUCAUAGUCUUACGAAGCAUGUAUAUUGGCACCAUUCUUGCUCACAGCCGCACGUUUAGUCUUGAUACUUGCAAAUCCAGUGUUCUUAAGCUGAGAGCUACAAGCUUCCAUGAUGUGGAGUGACGGGAAAAGCAGUUUAGCAACCUGAGCAGCUGGAGGUUUUCCGUCGAAUUUGGUCUGCGCCUAGCGUCUGACCAUGCAGCGCUCUGGAACUCUACAUCGAGGUGGUGUGGAAGUACCUGAGCAGGCGGAGGAGGAAAACAAACCCGAAAAGGCCGCUGCACUUGGAGACGAGAGCUCUGAUGGUGUACCUUCUGGAGCACCUGUGGACUUCUAUCCAGAGCCAAAGCGCAAGUUCAGCAAGAAAGAGCUCACAUACCGACUUGCAUAUGCGGAGGCAAAGGACUGGUCGCUGGCGCACGGGCGGCAAAUCAGCCCGCUCCCGCUCCCUGAAGCCAUAGAGCAGCGGAUCAAACAAUGGUUCCUGCUGGUUGACGAUGAUGGAAGCGGGGCUCUGGAUGCUGCGGAGCUGGAAGUCGCCCUCAAGGCGUCUGGCAUCCCAGCCAAUGCGAACGCCAUUCUGGAGGUUAUCAAGCUGUUUGACUUCGACAAGGAUGGUGAAAUCGCCUGGCGCGAGUUCCAUCACUUCCUGUGCUACGAGGUGAUGGCGGACAAGGACCCGCUGGGGGCGGAGUACGUGCUGCCGUCAGGCAUGUCAUUGCCCAUCAGCUCCAUGAUUGGGGCCAUACGGCGGCGCAAGCUGAUGCAGGACGUGGAGAAGGGCGGCACGCGGCGCGACCACUGGGUGACUGAGGGGCCGGAGUUCCUGCGGCACCUGCUGGAGAGCGAGACCUACAGCUUCGACCAGCAGGAGGCCAGCGGCGAGGUCCUGCGCCGCAUCCUGUCCUACAAGCCGCCGCCCUCCAAGCGCGCCGACCCAGAGGCCAUGGAGCGGCACAGCCGCCGCAUGGACAAACUCAAAUCCAUCCUCACCCGCUCCAUGAAGGACGGCGGCGCUGGACUCGGUGGUGCUGGUGGUGGUGGUGGGACCGCGGAGGCAGCGGAGGUGGGCGGGUUGCGCCGCGGCGGAAGCCGUAUAAGUCGCAGCGGCAGCCGCAGCGCCACGGCGGAUGGUGGGCUGCGAUCGAGGAAGGGAACGGCGGCGGGCGAGGGCGAGGGCGAGGCAGGGUCAGAGGCGGGGACAGGGAGUGGUGGAGCGGGCAGCAGCUCCACGGCGGCCGCGCGGCUGCGCACCAAGUCCGCGGUGCGCUUCGAGGCGGCGGCUGCGGCGGCGGUGCGCGCGGAUGAGGAGGAGCGGCAGCGGCAGCGGCGGCGGCAGCAACAGCGGAGCGGGGAGGGUGCAGGAGCCGGCGGAUUGGAGACGCAUGCGGAGGCCAGCCGAGAGGGAGUGCACUCCACGGAUGCAGACACGGAGGGGGGCGGCCACAGCGAUGGCUACAGCGAGUUUGACGACAGGGAGGAGGAAGAAGAGGGUGAGGAGGCGGAAAGCGGAGGCGGCACGUUUCUCACUGGGCUCACCGGAGACUAUGCGGUUGUGCGCGGCCGACCCGGAAAGGGCCGUCGGAGGCGGUCGCUGUCAGAUGACGAACUGGAUGCCGCGGAGGCAGCAGCCGCAGCCGCAGGCGCUGGAGCAGGCGUCGGGGGGGAGGAGGGAGCUGCGGGGGCGGGUGGGGGCGCGGGGGUGGCUGAUGCGGACGUGACGCGGGAGGUGGUGGGCCAGAUGGCCCGGCUGGAGGAGGUGCUGGAGCUGCACCGGCAGAGGAGCCACAGCAUCACCAGUGCCCGGCCCCGGCCCGCCUCCUCCGUUGUGGCUCUGUCCAGCCUGCGAGCCAACAGCCCCCGCACCCCAGUGGUGGUGUCGCUGCAGGCGGCAGCCGCCGCGCCUGGCCCCGCCGGCGCCACCACCUCCUCAGGCGCCGCCACGGGCAACUCGCAGAGCGGCGCUGGAGGAGGCAGUAGCAGCGCCUCUCAACUACAGCUGCCGGGCUGCUCCUCCUCCAGGCUCAUGCACGCCUCCGCCUCCUCCCGCGCCCACGGCGCCUCCGGCUCCGCAGCGCACCACCUUGGGCACAGCGGCGGCGCCAGCGAUGUCAUGCCCCCAGGCCUAGAUUCUUUGGAGGAGAUGAAUGCCACGGGCGAGCAGCGGGCCCGCGGUCACACGGACAUGGGCGUUAGUGGAUCCAGCGGCAGCGGCAUGGCGGGCGAGUCGGGGCUGGAUUUGGAUCUUCCGGACGAUGACGAGGCAUGGGACGCGGAUCUCGCGCCGCCGCGAUCCGCGCCUGCGCAGGGCUUCAUGGCCACGUCCCCUGGCGAGGUCGGCGUUGGCGGCGGCAGUAGCAGCGGCGCCGCUGAGUCAGCCAGGUCAGAACGCGUCAAGCGCCCGGCAGUAACAGCGGUUGGCGUUGCGGCCGUGCCUCGCCUGGCCCUGAACAGCCUACGGUCUGUGAGCACACCGCACGCUCACGGCCCCUACAGCGCCCGCCUCGCCAGGUCGGCUCGGCAGCAGUGGCCCGCGGGCAGCGGCGGCGCCGCCGGCGUGGCCUCCGCCUCCGCCGCCGCCCAUAACCACCUGCACCACCUCGCCAGCCACAGCCCACACGGCUCCGUCAGCGCGCGUGCGCUCCUGCCCACCGGUGCCGGCGCAAGCGCAGGUGCUGCUGCCAGCGCCUCCGCUGCAGCCGCAGGCGAGGCGUCCAUGGCUGCCGGCAGCGGCGUGACCGGCACCGGCAGCAGCGGUGCGCUGCACGGCUGGACCGCGGCAGAAGCCAACGGCAGUGGCAGCAGCAGCAACACCGCCGCGCCGCCUGCGGCGGAAGCGGCCCUUCACGGCGCGUCCAGCUUCCAUCGCGGCCAGUCCUCUCGGCUAUUUGGGGGAACGGCGACGACGGAGCUCCACCGCCCGCAGCAGUCUCCCACGCCGACGCCGACGCGCAUCGUGUGCGGCCGUGCGGAGGCGGCAGCAGCGGCUGCAGACAUACGCCGCGCGGCCUGGAGCCCCGCCCGCAGCGGCCCCCGGACCGGAGCGGUGGCGUCUCUCCCUGCUGGUGUCGGCACCGGUGCAAGUGUCAGCGGCGGCGCCAUCGCAAUUGGCGGCGUCAGCGGCUGGCUCGGGACCAUGCUCGGAGGCGCGGGAGGUAGCGGUGCCGCCGGCGGCGGCUCGCCAUCGACAUCGCUGCCGACGACUGCCACCGGUUACACCACAACCAGCAUUGCUGCUGGCGGCGCCGCAGGCGUGCCCAGCGCUGAGCCAAGCGACCUGGCGCCGUUUGCUGACGCGGGUAUGGGGGUGGGCGAAGCUGACGGGCCCGAGACGGCGGCAUGGGCUGCUGCGGUGGCGUCCGCAGCCGCGCAGGCGCAGGUGUACGCUGCUGCAACAGCAGCAGCGGCAGCAGUGGCGGCGGAGGCAGCGGCGGCUCGGCCGGCUGGUUUGGCUCAACGGCCCGCCACACACCAAGGCAUCAGGACGCUGCCGCCCUCGCAUCCGGGGUACGGACACGGCGGCACCGGCGGCAAUGGCCUCCCGCGUCAUUCCGAAGCCGCCAAUUUCCUGGGCCAUGGCCACGGCCACGGCCACGGCCACCAGUCGACGUUUCCCUGCUCGCCCCUGUCCUCGCCGCGGCCCGGCUCCAUUGGCGUGGCUCCCUCAGUGGCGGGCUCCGUGCACUCGGUCGCGACCAGCGCCGGCGGCGGCUUCGGCUCCGUGCUGCGCGUGUCCGAGCCCACGCACACGCACACGCACACGCACACGCACGGUCACGGACACGCGCACGGCAGCCAGCAGCAGCAGGGCCGGGAGCGGAAGGCGGCGGCAGCGGCGGCGGUGGCAGCAGGGGCUGGCGGCACCGCGGCUGGUGGAGGCAGGCGGCCGAAUGGCCCCGCCAGCGGUCCGCUGCAGCACUUGGACCGCGGCGUGGAGGUGGUGCCCUUGGAGUGGUUGGCGUCGCCUCGGGGACACGGCGGAGGCGGAGGCGGCGGAGGAGGCCGUGCGGCGUCGCCGCGCGCUCCGCCUUCGGCGCCGGCGACGUGGACGGGCUUGGCGCCGUCGUCGCCGCGGCACCAGCGCGGCUUUAACACCCUGUCCUACUCGGGCACGCUGCCUCUGACGCCGCGCCGAGGGCCUGCGGGCUUCGGGCCCCCGCCUGCAGCGGCGGCGGCUGGCGGGCAGCCACACGCAGCCUCCGCCAGCUUCACAGCCGGCGCUGGAUCUGCAGCGCAAGUCCGCCGGAGCAUCGACAUCGGAUCGCACCUGCAUCAGCACCAGCGGGGCUUUGCGACCGCGUCGGGCGACGCAGGCGGCGGCCCCUGGCGCGGGUCUGCCGCCGGCACCACCGCCGCUGGCCCCAACACCAGCGGCGGAGCAGCUGGAGGGGGCGGGCAUGGCAUGCUCGCGAUGCCGCCGCCGUCACCCCGCGAUGCCAAUAACAACAGCAGCAGUGGCGGCGGCACAAAUGGCGCUGCUGCCUCGUCACCCAUGCGCGGCCGCGUUAUGAAGACCUCGCUGGCGGCAGCGCUGCGUGCGACGCCGCCGGGCGGCGGCGGCGGUGUCGGCAGCAGCGGCGCCGGGAGCCCCUCCGCGGCAGCCGGGGGGCCGGGGGGGAUGCGACAGGCCUCCGUGUCGACGCCGGCAGUGCCGUACACGGCAGCAGGCCCGCCGGCGGCAUGGGGCUGGGCGCCGGCUGUCAGCGAGGACGGCAGCGGCGGCGGCAUCAGCGGUGGCGGCGGCCGGGCGACGGGCGUGUUAUUUGGUGGCUCGGUGGUCCCAAAGCCCGCAGGCGGUCCCGGCGGCAGCAGCGGAUCUGAGGCGCCGGCCCACGCGGGAGCCGCGACCGGGGCGGCGCCGCACCAACUGCCGCACAACAGGCCGCCGCCGCAGAGAGGUGACGCGCCGACCGGAAGCGGUGCUGCUACCGCGGCCGCCGCUCACGCCGACGGAGCGGGUGCUGCUGGGAACUGGAUGUGGCCGUGGGAUGGAGGGGACCUGUCUGUGGGAAGGGCCGCCGCGCCCACCCAGGCCGGGCACGCGCACGCGCCGCAACAGGCACGUGUGGGCAGUGCGGUGUCACACCUUCGGGCGUCGUCACUACGACCUACGGAGGGCGUGAAGCAAACAUCUACACGGACGAUGUACUGAAGAAAUAGCACUAACUAUGGACUAUCUCUCUUGUGAGAAACCGGUUGCGGUGGAUUGCAAGAGAGCGAUGUUGUACGGUACCGGUAUACAUGUUUGUACAAAGCGGGACGCAAUAAAGCAUUAACUAUGGUGGACGGUGGCCCACACCUUUGACUCACAUGUGUUACAUGACCCAGGAAUAAUUGCCACUGGUGAUUUAAAGCAACUGGACGUGAUGGUUUCUUCGAAGCAAGGCUUACUGUGCGCGCCGAGAUGGUGGAAACAGUAUGCGGAUGUACCCUGUGUCAAGCAUGAGUCAAGCGUGAGUGUGUGUGUUUUACAAGCACAAGGUUAGACGUACGCGCAUCUGCGGGUUCUGUACUGCAGGGCUAGCGUAUGACUGGGCGUCGCCGGACUGAAUGCCCGGUGUACCUGGUUUUGCGUCUGGUGCUGUAGACCUCGCUUCGUGCGCCGACAUGGUUUGCGUGCUGCAAGCUCUGGCGGGCUUCGGCUUGGCUUCGACUUAUGCCGGUGUAGCAGCUGAGACACGCUGUUUGCGCAGAAACAAUGCACGGAACUAUGGCAACGGCACAAUUGUAUUCCGGAUUUCU